AUGGAACCAUUAUAUGAAAGACUAUUGAAAAGACCUUUUCCUGAUAGUGUAUCUGCUAUAGAAUACUGUCGCAGUGUCUGUGCUGAGUUUGGUUUUACUGUCAAGCAAGAAGCAAGCGCAAACAGGAACAUCUAUGUCUAUUGCUCAAGAGAAGGAUUGCCAGACUCUCAACGCAACCCUAAACCUUCUCCUCAACGCAAGAGGCCUUCAAAGCGUUGUGAUUGUCGUUGGCGUGUAGUUUUGUCUGAAAACGAGCAUGAAGAAUGGGAAUUUCGCAAAUCAAUGAACCCAAAUGCAUCAGAACACAACCAUGAUAUGAUGUCACCUGAAGAGAUGGUAAAAGCAUGGCCAGCAGAAGUGAAUGAAAUGAUUAUCCAACUCGCCCGACAACGACUGCAGACGCACGAAAUUCGUGAAGCUGUCAAACAACAAUUCCCUGAUAUCAGUUGGAAUGAGCGUAGAUUUUACAAUCGCUUGACAGAAGAACGCAAAAGAAUAAGACAAAGAGGCGUCGUGGAGCGAUCUCAGCGCAUACUAUUAUUGUCAGCACAAUUGUGUUCUGUUGUUGCUAAUAACGAAGAAUGGGCUUUUGCUGUAGACACGGAGUUGCAGCGCAUGUUUGAAAACUUUUGUCAGUUGGCCCGUUUGACACCUGAAAACAUCAACACAUUGGUAGACUUGCAAUCUGACAUGAUUCAGAUGGAUACAGACCGCUUAGUUUCCAAUACGCAUCGUUUGUCCAUCGUCAGUGAUACUGAUGAAGAUUUGAUGGGUUCACCAGCUAAAAAACGUAGAUCAUUUGCAACAAAAACUGACACAACUGUCGCACACAGCACCAAGAUGGGUGGUACAACUGAAACACAAAAGGGAAUACAAAUGGUUCAUGUACCAAGCUAUACAAUUCAAGUUCGAUCGUUGAACCGCUCUUCUUCUGAAUCUUCCACUUCCAGACGUGUUUACACUGAGGCUCCUUACAUGGAGGGUUCUUCUCAAUUGAAACAGCAACAGCAACAGCAACAGCAACAACAAGCGUUUGGAUCAUCUUCGUCGUUCUUUUCUCUUGCUUCUCCAACCUCUUCGUCGUCGUCCUCUUCGUCGAUGCCAUUUCAGCAACAAAGACACCAAUACGGCCAAAGAGUAACGUCGCCACAACAGUCUGUCAAUUCGCCAAAUGAAUUCAUGAUGUCUCAAUCUUACCAAACACCUCAACCGCAACAACAAGAAGGUGAUUAUGGCUUGCCUGUGAGCACCGCUGCUGGAUCAACUUCAGGCAACAGUAUAGCUUACAAUAUGCAGAACUAUGCAAUCCCUACAUCUGCUUUUACAACACCACCUGAAAUCCCUUUUUCAUUUGAAACAAACUUGAUGGUUCAAACUCGAAAUGGCGGCUGUGGUGCCCAUGGGAAUAGUGGAGUGGAUGAUCGCCUCACAGCAACUGCUCAUCAAUCUGGCACUAAUAAUUUCUUUGUCAAAGAGGAACCAACACAUGUAGAGCAUCAGCAACAAAUGCUACGUCAACAGCAAGAAUACGAACAACGCAUGCAUCGUAAUUAUCAUCAUCAGCAACAAAAUUAUGCUCUACCCAUGAUUCGAUCCAAUGAAGAUAAUUCAGAUGAGGCUCACUGGACCUGA